AUGGUGUCGAAUGGAGUCCGAGAUUCAAAAGGUGGGGCUACCAAGCCGCAUGUCGAUCAAUCGAAGCGAAGGUCUAGAGGCUCGGUAGUCAACUACUCGGAACAAACGAGAAACUCGAAACGAAGCAUCAAUGGUGGAACGAACGAUUAUCCAGCUAAGAAGGUGAGGACUGAAAUAGAGAAUUCCAACAUGUCAGAUUCGGAGCAGAAGUUGAUAGAAACGAUCACGGAUUUCAACAUAUGCGUGAACGAACUCUUCCAGCUCAAAGAGUACGGUUCCCUCGUGGAAUGGAACCCUCGUGACUUCUCAAAGUCCUUGACGACGCAAGUUCCAGAGAUUCUUGAGUACUUUGUUGAACAGAACAACUACAGGCUUAUCUGGGAUGAGGAUCUGCUUGAGAAGAUGGAUUCCAUCCCUCUACGUUUACAGAAGAAGAAGAUGUUGGAAAGAGAGGAAAUGCUCCGGAGCAAGUACCCAUUCAUGGACUCCGUUUUGGAAAAGAGUAUAGAGCGGGAGUCACAAUUGCUCAGACCAAGACCAGAGAAGUCUAGAUAUCGAGACUUACAUAAAAAAACCUCGACUUCAAAAGCUCCUCCUUCUCGAAAAGGGCGCAUAGACAGUCAAGAAACACCUGUAUCUGAUGUUGUUUCAGCGGAAAAUGAGGAGGAAGAAGGCCAGGAGGAUGAGGAAGAGGAGGACAUCGAUUACGGCGAUCUCAACACGAACUACAAACUCAAACAAAUCAAAUUCACAGUGCCCCCACUCAAAAUCACACAUCCAUCGCAUAUACCCCUGUGGAGGCCUCUGGAGAAUAAUGAGAAUGACAUACGAGGUGGAGACAGCGAAAGGGAAAUCACACCAUACGACCCGGAGCCUCUACUGGUAGUAACAGGAAAGCAUGCUACACUAAGCGUUCCUGCAGUCGAGGAGAAACUUUCAGCAUUUCUUUCACAAAAGUUCAAGGCGCCCAUUGUCGAUGACGCCAAUCCAGAUUACAAUAACACCCCUGAGGAGUACGAGAAUGUUCUUGAUCAUCAGCGUCAUCUUCUAAAGCGAUUAUAUGAAAAAAUUGUGGUGGAGGAGAGAUUUGAACUCAAUGGUGAUAAGAUUGAAAGAAGGAAAAUUAUCUUGCCGACAUUUUCGAAUCAAAAGCUCUUAUCAGAUCCAUUUAGAGACACUGGCUCUAUUAUUCCCAAAAUCCAAGGAACCUCUAAUGAUCAAACUCUUCAAGACCAUCUUGUUGACCAAGGAUUCUCAUUUUCCAAAAUCCAUCAACAGAUGAGAAAGCUGCAUCAGGCACGUGCCAGGAAGGUAGCUCAAAUGGUUGAUCAACACUUCCGUAAAAAGCGUGGUGAAAAGGAGAGACUAGCAAAAGAGAGGGAACAAAAUCUCAAGAAGCUCAGUCGUCUAGCUAUCCAGUCUGUGAAAAAGCGCUGGUCUCAAGCUCACAAAGUUUAUCGUCAUAUUCAGCAUGAGAAAGAAGAAGAGAUCAAACAAAGGGAAGGACGGGAACACUUGAGUAAAAUGCUCAAACACUCUACGCAGCUUCUUGAAGCACAGCUCAACAAGUCAGAAGACAACACUGCAGAUGAACCGGAUUCAGAUGAUGACGAGCAAGAGCAGGACUCUGAAAACUUUUCAUCGUCUGAAUCAGACUCAGAGGACUCCGAAUCAGAAACCAUCGAUAAACCUGAUAGUGAGUGUACUGUUGAAGAGCUUAAAAGGAAGUACGCAGACAUGGAAAGCUCUCUCGAGCCCCUGUCGCGCAUGGAGACUGAAGAGGAAAUUGAGGACGAAGUAUCUGGUGAAGGGUCUAGCGGGCUUGCUGCUUUGUAUGGUGGUGUUGACACCAAAGAAAUCACCCCUGCUGUUUCUGAGGAUUAUACAGAAGAGCAGAAGAAAUUGAUUGCUGAGUUGUCAGAAAGAAAAGACGAGGACUUGUCUGAUUCGGAGCCAUCUGAUGAUCUACUAAGUGAUGAAAGUGUCUCAGAGUCCGAAGAAGACGUAAGUUUGUCAGAGAAUGAAGAUCAAGAUACCACUUCCGGCCUAGCUGAUCUUUAUAAAAAGGGACCUAUUGGUAAAGAAACCAACGACAGCGAAGGUUCAACUGUGGAAGAUGAAGAACCAAAGACUCCUGUCAGUGAAGAUAAAACGGAGGAGAUUAAUGGGCUUAAAGUGAAGGAUGUUCCAGUGCCCCUGCUUCUCAGGGGUACUUUGCGUCCAUAUCAGAAGCAGGGUCUUAAUUGGCUUGCAAGCUUGUACAACAAUGAUACCAAUGGUAUCCUUGCAGACGAAAUGGGUCUUGGUAAAACGAUUCAAACGAUUGCUUUGCUUUCAUACCUUGCUUGCGAACAUCAUAUCUGGGGUCCUCAUUUGAUUAUCGUUCCCACAUCAGUCAUGCUCAAUUGGGAAAUGGAAUUCAAAAGAUUUGCCCCAGGCUUUAAGGUAUUGACAUAUUAUGGCUCACCUCAAGAAAGAGCUAGAAAGAGAAAAGGAUGGAAUAAAAUCGACACUUUUCAUGUUUGCAUUACUUCUUAUCAGCUUGUUGUUCAUGAUCAUUCGUCAUUCAAGCGUCGUAAGUGGAGAUACAUGAUUUUGGACGAAGCUCACAACAUCAAGAAUUUCAGAUCAAAUCGGUGGAAAGCAUUGCUCAACUUCAACACCGAGAAUAGAUUAUUACUUACGGGUACUCCCUUACAAAAUAAUCUUAUGGAAUUAUGGUCCCUUCUAUACUUUUUAAUGCCGUCUUCAAAGGUUGAUCAAAUGAUGCCCGACGGGUUUGCGAACUUUGAGGACUUUCAACAAUGGUUCGGAAAGCCAGUUGAUAAAAUUCUCGAAAAAACCGGCACUGGCGAGAUCAUUGAUGACAACGUCACUGGUCGUCUUGAUGAAGAAACCAAAAACACAGUUGCCAGGCUACACCAGGUCUUACGUCCGUACCUUUUGAGGCGACUCAAAAAAGAUGUGGAAAAACAAAUGCCAGGUAAGUACGAGCACAUCGUCUACUGUCGUCUAUCGAAACGUCAAAGAUAUUUGUAUGAUGAUUUCAUGUCUCGCGCCAAAACGAAGGAGACGCUUGUAUCAGGCAACUUCCUUUCAAUUAUCAACUGUUUGAUGCAACUUAGAAAAGUUUGUAAUCAUCCAGAUCUUUUUGAAGUCCGUCCCAUUGUGACUUCGUAUGCUAUCCCAAGAAAUGUCUCUCACACCUUCAAGGUACAUGAUGAGACCGUCAAGAAACUAUUGGAUGUUGUACCAUACGAUAGGAUCAACUAUUCGGUCCUAAAUCUUGAUAUAACAAAAAUGGAUGAUUUGAAUUGGUUUGCAGCCGACGGUCGUGAGAGAUUACGGUCCAGUGCAGAGAUCGAGAAAGAAAUCAAGUAUCUCGAUGAAAUUAUUGCCAAAGGAUCUGAUGUACUUAAACCAUCCUACACUGACGUCUUUCAAUUGAACAAAUCUCUCAAAUUGCAAGAGCAGAUUGAGCAUAGGGAACGGUUAAAGCAAAUUCUCUAUCUCAAUAACUUGAGAUGCAGUCGUCGUCCCCUCUAUGGUACCUCAAUACUUGAUAGACUUAAAAUUGUGUACAGAGAACCUCGCUGUGAAUUACUUGAUGAGAUGAUUCUCGAUAUCCCGAAGAGAGCAGAGGUAAUGAAAGAUGUUGUUGAGAAAUACGGAGUUGUCACCCCGAGUGUGGUAGCUCUAGAUAUGAAAGAUGAAAUUAUCCCGGUCGAAACACAAUAUGCUUUACGUGCUGGUGUUCAAAACAAUGCUAUAUCAAACCCAUUCCAUCACGCCCAAGUGAAACUAUCCAUCGCCUUUCCGGACAAGCAACUCUUGCAGUAUGAUUGCGGUAAGUUGCAAAAACUAGCAGCCUUGUUGCAAGACUUGAUUCCAAAAGGGCACAGGGCAUUGAUCUUCACUCAGAUGACCAAGGUAUUGGAUAUAUUAGAGCAGUUUCUCAAUAUUCAUGGACACAGGUAUAUGCGUUUGGAUGGUGCUACCAAGAUUGAAGAUCGUCAGUUAUUGACGGAAAAGUUCAACAGAGAUCCUAGAAUUCCCGUGUUUAUCUUAUCAACAAGAUCAGGUGGUCUCGGUAUCAACCUUACUGGUGCCGAUACAGUCAUCUUCUACGACUCUGAUUGGAAUCCUGCUAUGGACAAGCAAUGCCAGGAUCGUUGUCACAGAAUUGGGCAGCUGAGAGAUGUACACAUUUACCGUUUUGUUUCUGAAGCCACCAUUGAAUCGAAUAUCUUGAAGAAAGCCAACCAGAAGAGACAGUUGGACAAUGUGGUGAUUCAAGAGGGUGAAUUCACCACGGACUAUUUGGGUAAAUUCUCUGUCAGAGAUUUGGUGAACGAUGCAAGCCUCAUAUCGGAAUUACCCGACAAGCCUAUAGGUGAAAGCGCCAAUGUUGAUGUUUUGGCGCAGGCAGAGGACGAAGCUGAUCGAAAUGCCGCCAGAGAAGCAAUGAAGGAGGUGGCCGUUGACGAUGAGGACUUUAACGAGGAAAAGGGUGCAGAAGACCCAAGAAAGGGACCUCGUGGUCUCAAAGGAGGCAAUUUGGACGACGCAGACUACGAUGAAGGCGUUGGUCAUAUUGAUGAGUACAUGUUACGUUACAUUGCCGAAGGCUAUUACGCAGAGUAA